GUAGACUGGUCCGAAGAAAUUGUUUGCCUCCACGGCAUCGCGUUCUUGCUGGCAGAGGCCUACACCACAGUAGACGACUCUUCUGCUGCAGUUCCAGCAGAAGCUACUGCUGCUGCUGAAGAGGCUUCCGCGGAGUCGAACGAGCACGCCAGACUGCAGCACCAGCAAAAGCAGGAUCAAAGCAGCAGCAGCAGCAACACACUAUUGUCGCAACAAAAAGCGUGCCUUCGGGAGGAGGCUGCAACGCAGCGGGAUUGCAGCGACAUUGACAAGCAAAUGGCUGCUAGCCCAGAGACCCGGAGGAUGUUCAGCAAUGUCCUCAUGCCUGCCCUUCGUUUCUACUGGAAAGCUUACAUCCCUAAUUGCUUUUUCUCAGACGGCACUGUUAAGGAGCUAACAAACCUUAAGGCGCUUUACAGGGUAUUUGAGCGCUGCUGA